UUGCCUUUGCAGCUGUCCACGGCAGGGUUGGACUUGUUGAAAUUCAGCGUCCCAGGGAAGCCGGGAGGGCCUGGGCCGAGGCACCGAGUACUAGGCGAUAUUUGGCCGUGCAGACCCCGCCAGCCAUUGUCAUGGGGAGACAGGAGAGGCUCAUGGGCUAGGGGGUCCCUGCCUGGGGGCCCUGCCGGGAAACUCGGGCUGCUGCAGCCCCCAGAUGGAGUCAAGUCCAGGCCCUCCCAUGCUCUCCUACAGGUGGGCCUGGCACUGCCAGCUCUGGGCUCUCCCCUGCCUGAGGAGUCCAAGCUCAGCAGUUAGUUCUGGUGCAGCUGCCCUGGUGUGGGGCGGGGGGCACGUGGCUCGUGGCUGACCAGGGAAGGGCUGUGGCAGUCAGUGGGUGCGGGCCUGGCUGCCUGGCCCAGAGAGGGGAUCCUGCAGAAAGGCAGGGCUGGCAGCCAAGUGGCACAGCUGGACACACCUGAGGCUGUUUACCUGGAAAGUGAGCAAGGCUGGAUGGCGUCAGCCCCACUCCCCGGCUGAUUCCGAGGGCUGGCCUGUGCGGCAGGGGAGGGCCAGUAUAAAGGUCCCAGCGCUGCUGAAGCACGGCACUUGCAAGAGGAUAAUUGCACAGUGCCCUACCUGUUCCUCGGUGCCAGCGGUGUGAGGCACAAUGAAUUGGGCAGGCCUCUACACAGUGGUGAGCGGUGUGAACCGCCAUUCCACUGCCAUCGGGCGCAUCUGGCUUUCUGUCAUCUUCAUCUUCAGGAUCAUGGUGCUGGUGGUAGCAGCUGAAAGUGUCUGGGGGGAUGAGAAAUCUGCCUUCACUUGCAACACACAGCAGCCAGGUUGCAACAGUGUCUGCUACGACCACUUCUUCCCCAUCUCCCACGUGCGCCUGUGGGCCCUGCAGCUGAUCCUGGUCACCACACCCGCCCUGCUAGUGGCCAUGCACGUGGCCUACCAGCAGCACCAGGAGAAGAAGCUGCUGGUGCUGACGGGGCACGGCGACACCAAGCACCUGGAGGAGGUGAAGAAGCACAAGAUGCGCAUCUCGGGUUCCCUGUGGUGGACGUACAUCUGCAGCGUGAUAUUCCGACUCCUCUUCGAGGCCGUCUUCAUGUACAUCUUCUACAUGAUCUACCCUGGUUACCAGAUGAUCCGGCUGGUCAAGUGCGAGGCCUACCCAUGCCCCAACACCGUCGACUGCUUCAUCUCCCGGCCCACCGAGAAGACCAUCUUCACUGUCUUCAUGCUGGCCACCUCGGGCAUCUGCAUCAUCCUCAACAUGGCCGAGCUGGUGUACCUGGUGGUGCGGGCCUGUGCCCGCCGGGCCCAGCGGGACUCCAACCCCACAUCGGGGAAGAGCUCCUUGUACGGCCACAAGCUCUCCACCGAGUACAAGCAGAACGAGAUCAACCAGCUGCUGACGGAGCAGGACGGCUCCCUCAAGGACAUGCUGCGCCGCAACCCGGGGCUGCAGGAGAAGAGCGAUCGCUGCUCCGCCUGCUAGAGGCACCAGCCCCAUUGGGUGGGGGCCCUGCCAUGGCACAAGGCCCUUACCCCUCAGCCCUCCACCGGGAGCCAUGGGGGACAGGCUCUGCAGGGAGACGAAGAGUAUUGAACGGAGCCUGUUGGUACACUCAUGACUGCCUGAGCUCCGGCCCUGGGACACUGCCAGCUUGUGCACAGGUGUCGUGCCAAGGCCUUCACCCCUCACUGCCAUGGGCCCAUGGCCACGCACAAGCCCAGUCAUCACACCCUGAAACCCGUCAGAAAGGCUGGGGCGGCUGCAGAGCGCUCGGAAUUUGCCUUAAUUCAUUGUGUGAUGUCCCCCAAGCCCCACCGGUGCCCCCAACAGAGGCCCUGUCUCCUGCAGGGAAAGGAGCCAUCCUCAUUGCGGGGCCCAGCCCCCGUGCCUGCUGAGACAGAGGACACCAGGUGGGGCCUGGCAAGUGGAGUGUCGGAAAUGUCGGCCAUUAAAGCUGUGUUUUCAGGA